CUAAAGAAAGGACUAGCAACAGCACAUAAAACAAAACUGAAAGGAGGAUGUCAACUGUUAAAAGAAGCAGAGUGAGACACAGACUCCAUUCUUGGACCAACCUGCAGAGAGGGACACUGACACAAACAUCUGAAUCUGAAAAAUGAGCUUCCAGUGGGCUGAAGAUGACUUUUUGCCUCCGGGCGUGGUUCGAAUGGACCGUGAAGGGCCAAGAGAUGGUAGAACCUACAUCAUGUACCAUGGCACCACCAGUGCGAGUGCUCGAUCUAUCCUGGCUUUAGGUUUUCGCCAGUCUCUGGACGGGAUGCUCGGUAGGGGCGUGUACCUCAGCAGAGACCUGGAGAAAGCGAGUCGCUAUCCCAUCGAUCAUCCUGAGAAUGACAGGGUUGUCAUUAAGGUUAAGGUCAAUGUGGGAAUGGUUAAAGCCAUCGAUCGUCAGAACCACCCACUUCAGAUGACCUGGCAUGACCACGGUUACGACACCGCCUGGGUGCCGCCCAACUGUGGGAUGGUGAGGAGCGGCCUGGAGGAGAAUUGUGUCUGGGACCCGAAGCGAAUCUCAAUCAUUGAUGACUUUUUGCCUCCGGGCGUGGUUCGAAUGGACCGUGAAGGGCCAAGAGAUGGUAGAACCUACAUCAUGUACCAUGGCACCACCAGUGCGAGUGCUCGAUCUAUCCUGGCUUUAGGUUUUCGCCAGUCUCUGGACGGGAUGCUCGGUAGGGGCGUGUACCUCAGCAGAGACCUGGAGAAAGCGAGUCGCUAUCCCAUCGAUCAUCCUGAGAAUGACAGGGUUGUCAUUAAGGUUAAGGUCAAUGUGGGAAUGGUUAAAGCCAUCGAUCGUCAGAUGUUCUAGAACCACCCACUUCAGAUGACCUGGCAUGACCACGGUUACGACACCGCCUGGGUGCCGCCCAACUGUGGGAUGGUGAGGAGCGGCCUGGAGGAGAAUUGUGUCUGGGACCCGAAGCGAAUCUCAAUCAUUGGCACCAUUGAACCAAAACCUGUCUAGGGCGCUGGAUGUGGUGCCUGGGGCUAUAGGUAAACUCAGGAGCAGGUUCUGAUUAUUUUGUACAUUCAAAUGUAUUUUUAUAUGUUUGGAUAAGAAAUCAUAAAUUGUGAUAUUUUGUAACCAUGUCACUGUAACCUGAAAAAUAAAUGUGUCAUAAAAAGUU